AUGGCUAGUAAUCAGAAUCCAAAUGAUAAUAGCGACGGGGACAUUGCCCCGUCGAUGCCACAAUGGCGGUCUGUACAAGUCGGUUCUCGCCAACCCCAAUUAGUGCCACAAGCGGCGUCUGUGCCCAAGUCAGCACCAGGUAACGACGAUGUUAUCGACAAGGCGUCCUUUUUCCGGGCUCGAGAGCCGGAAGUCGAAAAGCAGAAUAAGCCCAAAUGCCCGUGGGUCUGUCCAAAUCUUCGGCCGGUGCCUGCCUUUUAUCCUCUGGAAAAAUCCAGUCGAUUUGUCGACGAUGACACGGACACUGUGACGGAACGGUUGGCGGAAUGCCUUCGCGUUUUGUCCGUUCAGGCAGUUUUCAACAAUGAGGCGGCAAGCGCCUAUUUGAUGACCUCGGAGGGUGUGGAAAUGCACUUGUCUUUGUGGAAAACGACAGGCGAGAAGUCAGGUAUUGUUGUGGAACUCCAAAGGCGCAAGGGUGAUUCCAUUGCCUUUCAUCGCUACAGUCGGUACAUUCUGGAUGCUGCCAUUGGAGACUUUGAUGUCACCCAGCAUCUGGCGACUCAGGGAGUGGAUAUGGACUUGGUCUACUCCAAGAAAGUCCAGCGUCUCCUAAAUGUGGAAUUACAAGGAAAAUCCAAAGAUACCGAGCACGAGAAUGCCGUGAUUGCCAUUGAAAUUGCGCACGGCUUGCUCAUGAAGGAUCGUAUGGAUGCCCGUCAGUUGGGCUUGGAAAGUCUAUGUCUUUUGACCGAUCCCAAAAAGACGGGAAUUACUACGGCUUUGAUUGCCAGCCACGUGGUGUUGCUCGGCACUGCUCGUGGCAUCCAAGGACUGAGCAAAGGCGCUGAUCUUGGUGAUGAUAUUAUUUUUGACGAAGCUCCGUUCCAGGGCAUCCGCGAAGCUAUUUUGUCCUUGGUCCAAUUCAGCCGCAUCGGCGAAGACGUGGAGUUUGAAAAUGAAGAGGAAGACGCCGAAACCAUGGGCGCCCUGCAUAAUCUGGCCCUUGCCGUUUUGGCCAAUGCUCUCGAUGUGGUGGAAAACCAGGAUCGGUUCGAUGACAACCCGGAAGAAACGGAGAAAAAGCCAUCCGCUAUCAAGACCGCCCCUUGUUCCGAGAUUGCUGGCGCCUUUUUGGACGAAUCAGGUGAAAUUUCCAAGGCCGAAAUAAUGAAGACCCUGAUUUCAGAGUUGGGCAAGGCGUCGAAAAAGCCCCACAACGCUUGCUUGUCGGCUAGAUGUAUUGGGUCUCUCUGCAGAGCCAGCGACAAGGCCAAACGCCGCGCCAAGGAGCUGGGGGCCAAGAACGUCGUCAGCACGGCCUUGGAUGUUGGUGUCCGCACACACCUCAAGCUCGAAACGGAAUGCAACAAGGUGACAAAGGUUUUGCAAGCCCCUACACGGGAGGAUAACUAG